UUGUGUGGAGUCCAGAGCGCAAAACGCACUUCUUCUGGUGCGACCGGAGGGCGCAAAAGUAGCAGUUCUCCGACCCUGACGCGCAUCUCCGACUCCGGCGGCCCCCACGAAUCCAACUUUACUGAGCGGGAGUUUCCUAACAUCUUCUAGCCAUGGACGCAUCUCGACUCGUGACGCUAUAUCUGGGUCUGCUCCUCACUUUCCUUGGGAAUAUACCGUGUUUCCAGUCUGCUGCUAUCAUCUCCCCCUCUGCGCCGAGGAGGAACCGGGGAGCCCGGAUCUCUCACCGGGACGGACAAAGGUCAUCCAAGAUCCUAAAAGACAUCCUCGUGUCUACGCACCCUGUCGUGGGCCAUCACAAAGAAGACCUAAAGGACGCUAUUGUGCCCCAUGAAUACAUGCUCUCCAUAUACAGGACAUACUCGGCUGCAGAGAAGCUCGGACUAAACGCGAGCUUUUUCCGCUCCUCUAAAUCUGCCAACACCAUAACAAGUUUUGUGGACCGAGGAACAGACGAUCUCUUGCUCUCUCCUCUGCGCAGACAGAAGUAUCUGUUUGAUGUCUCAACCCUUUCAGACAAAGAGGAGCUGGUCGGGGCGGAAUUAAGGAUAUUUAGGAGAGCGCGCGGGAAUGUGCAGCCUUCUUCUUCCCUGCAGACCCCGGGCCUCUACGACAUCCAGCUCUACCCCUGCCGCUCGGACCGGCUGCUGGACUCCAGGUCUCUGGACCCGCUGGACUCCACCAAGGCCGGCUGGGAGGUUCUGGACGCGUGGGACAUGUUCAAAGCGAACCAGCAUCACUACCACCAUCCUCACCCUCAUCAUCCUCAUCAACACUUCCAGCAGGGGAACCAGCUCUGCUUCCAGCUGCGCGUCACGCUGCGCAAAUCGGACACCGAGGUGGACCUGAGGCAGCUGGGGCUGGACCGGAGCGGCCGGCCCCAGCAGGAGAAGGCCAUCCUGGUGGCCUACACGCGCUCCAAGAAGAGGGAGAACCUGUUUAACGAGAUGAAGGAGAAGAUCAAGUCGCGGAGGUCGGCGGACGAGAAGAAGGAGACGGCGGCGGCGGCGGCAGCGAAGGCGGCGGCGGCGUCCGUGGUGGCGGUGGCGGGGGAGGAGGGGGUGUCACUGAGGGGGGUCAAAGGGGAGGGGCCCCGGCGGCGGCGGAGGACCCCGCUGAGCAACCGGCACGGCAAGAGGCACGGGAAGAAAUCCAAAUCCAGGUGCAGCAAGAAGGCGCUGCACGUGAACUUCAAGGAGCUGGGCUGGGACGACUGGAUCAUCGCGCCCCUGGAUUACGAGGCGUACCACUGCGAGGGCGUGUGCGACUUCCCGCUGAGGUCGCACCUGGAGCCGACCAACCACGCCAUCAUACAGACGCUCAUGAACUCCAUGGACCCCAACAGCACCCCGCCCAGCUGCUGCGUGCCCACCAAGCUGAGCCCCAUCAGCAUCCUGUACAUCGACUCGGGCAACAACGUGGUGUACAAGCAGUACGAGGACAUGGUGGUGGAGCAGUGCGGCUGCAGGUAGCGCGGAACAACAACACCGACAACAUUAAACAACAACAAUAACAACAACUUUUAGAUGAGUCUCGAUGGGUCUGAACGUCUUUGACUCGUGACGCGCCUCACAAGGGAUGCACACAGAGGCGACACCUGCUAUUUAUUCAGACUUUAACGGUCAUUCACACUCUCUGCCUUAACGCGUCACGCCUUCAGUCCCAUCCACGCGACACGUCAUCAAACAGGCCGGUGUCCCCCACGGUGAGAGUGGGACGUGUCCGCGUGUGGCACGAGGGGAUGGCGAGAGACGGGAGCCAGUUGAGUCCCAUCAUGCACCUGUUCGUGCCGAGGCCAGAGGACACUGGGCUUUUUUCUCUCCUUCCUUUGUUGUUGUUGUUGUUGCCCUAUCAGCGUGUUGGUGUGGUCCUGCCAGCCAGGCCGGACUCUUGUGGGUCUGAGCCGUCCAGCUGGAGUCCUUACAGGCCACAGCUCUAGUGCCUGCUUUCCAAAUAAAGAGGGUUGCAUGUCUACCAAACAAACGCGCGCGCACACACUCACACACACACACACACACACGCAGACUGGUCUUCUAGGAGAUACGAUGGUGGUGGUUAAUGCCUUCAAGAUAUUUUUUUUGUUUUCAUUUGCCUUACUGGAGACCAUGUUGAGAGCCCAUCGUGGACAGAAAGAAACCCGCAACCAGACACAAGGCUGCAUCUUUACGAAAUGCACUUCCGCAACCGGCUGCGCCAAAGACGCGCGCGCUCGUUCCGCGAGAGAGUUUGUCUUCUGAGGACGAACAUAUAGAAAAGAAAGAAAGAAAAAGACUCCAAACGAGACGAUAUUUAAAUGCACAUUAGCUUUGAAUGCACUGCUGUUCAUUACCUUUGUUUUGUGUUUGUUUUUGAGCUGUAAAUAUUUGUACAGUGGAAAACUUUUACAAAGUGCAACGAAUGAAGAAAUGAGAAAAAAGGCAUUUCUUUGUAAAUAUACAAAAUGCACUCAAAUCGGUAUAAUUUCUAUUCUAUAAUUAUUUUAUUAUUUGUGAUGUACAGAGUUCCAUGAUAAUCAUAUAUUUCUUACAUUGAUAAGAGUAAUUUAAGGUGUAUUCGAUAUUGUCUUUUUGUUUUGUUUUGCAGAGGGUGGGAAAUUCCAUUAUUAAUGUCUACCUCAUAAUUGCAUAUAGGAUCUGAGUUUUGAGGUGCAUUCAGUUAGAGUGUAAAUAGCUUUUACAAUGAUAUAUAAGAUCAUUUAUAUACAUAUAUUACUGGAUAAUAUUCCACACCAUUACUGUACAAAUAAAAUUCAAAACAAAGUCUA